UAGGAUUUAGCAGUGUCUUGUCAUAUAAUGUCCGGGUGGAAACUCCAGCCAAGCUUAUAGGGAAGUUAAAAGGAAAUCCCCCGCGCCCUUGUCAGAGAGACUCCCUUCCCGAGUCUCGACGACAGCUGGAUCAAGCCGGUGUUUCGGUGGCGACGGGCAGGAACCCAGGGGAGAAUCCUGCGCCUCUGUUAUGAAGAUCCAUUACCAUGGCUGCUGCUGAAGCAGGAACCUUUUGCCAGUGGUUGUGGCCUAAGGGUCCCUUCUCUGCUAUGUUACUUCUGACAAGAGGUGUCUGCUGUGGCUGUCCCAGAUAGGCUACGACUGGAAGAAGUGCACAGACAACAGACAGACUUCCUUGGCUUAUUGGCUUCAUCAUUUGGGAAUACCCAGAUCCAGCUCUGAGAUGGGGAGGCUGCUAACCACCCCCCUGCUGAUCAAUUUAUUUGGCUCCCUUGUGGGCUUUGUGGCAACACUGACACUUAUUCCAGCCUUCAAGGAUCACUUCAUUGCUGCCAAGCUCUUUGGAAUUGAUUUGAACAAAACUUCCAAGCAACCCAUCCCGGAGUCCCAAGGUGUCAUAAGUGGAGCAGUGUUCCUGAUCAUCCUCUUCUGCUUCAUCCCAGUUCCCUUUCUGAGCUGCUUUGUGGAAGAGCAGUGCAAGGCAUUCCCACACCAUGAGUUUGUGGCCCUCAUUGGCUCCCUCCUCGCCAUUUGCUGCAUGAUCUUCCUGGGCUUUGCGGACGAUGUUCUCAAUCUGCGCUGGCGCCACAAGCUGCUUUUGCCCACCAUGGCGUCCUUGCCCCUGCUCAUGGUCUACUUCACCAACUUUGGGAACACCACCAUUGUGGUGCCUAAGCCCUUCCGGAUGUUGCUGGGCAUGCACUUAGACCUAGGAAUCCUGUACUACGUGUACAUGGGGAUGCUGGCUGUGUUCUGCACCAAUGCUAUCAACAUUCUUGCGGGCAUUAAUGGCUUGGAGGCUGGGCAGUCGCUGGUGAUUGCUGCCUCUAUUGUAACUUUCAACAUCGUAGAGCUAAACGGAGACUACAGAGAUGACCACGUUUUCUCUCUCUACUUCAUGAUUCCCUUUUUCUUUACCACAUUGGGACUGCUGUACCACAACUGGUAUCCAUCCAGUGUGUUUGUGGGCGACACCUUCUGCUAUUUCGCCGGCAUGACCUUUGCUGUGGUGGGGAUCCUCGGGCAUUUCAGCAAAACCAUGCUGCUCUUCUUUAUCCCACAAGUGCUCAACUUCCUCUAUUCAUUGCCACAGCUGUUCCACAUCAUCCCUUGCCCACGCCAUCGGCUGCCCAGAUUCAAUCCGGGCACAGGCAAUCUAGAGAUGAGCUAUUCCAGAUUCAAGCCCAAGAAACUCUCUCCCUUGGGAGCAAAUAUCCUCAAGAUAUCUGAGAAACUCCAUCUAGUAGAUGUGCAUCAAGGAGUGGACAAAGAUGGAGAAUUCACAGAAUGCAACAACAUGACACUCAUUAACUUUGUGAUAAAGCUUAUAGGACCAACCCCUGAGCGAACCCUGACCCUUCUGCUGUUGCUGAUGCAGGUUGUGGGGAGCAUCAUCGCCUUUUCUAUCCGGUACCAGCUUGUACGGCUGUUCUAUGAUGUCUGAGCUGCCCUUGCCCUGUUGGUGCUUUUGCUCGUGGACUGCCUCGCAGCUCUGUCCCACAUGGCCCACAGCUGCACUUGCCCCAGGGCAGUCAGCCUUCCUUCCCAAGAGGCAGAAAUGCUUCUAGAGGGACUUUGGGGAUGCACUGAUGUCUUGUGGGCUUUUGUAUCCAUUUGGAGAGCAUCCACUGCUGCUGCUGCUGCU